GGUUUCACAUUGUUAUAUUACACUACUUGAUCAAUUUAAUUACAUAGUCAAGAAAGAACCAAUUAAAGUGGUUUCACAUUGUUAAUAAAUCAAAUCAUGUAACAACUCUCUAAAUGAAUUCAUUCCAAUAAAAUCACUAUAAAUAGAUCCAAUAUAAUUAAACCCCAAAUAAUUAGUUUACCCCUUCAAAAUGGUGAUAGAUUCAGCUGAGAAGAAGCUGUAUGAUGCUGCAGCAGAAGGGAACACAGCAACAGUCCGAAACCUUCUUCAAAAUGAUCCAUUUCUUCUCAAAAAAGCCUCAUUUGCUAACACUAAGGAAACCCUCUUACACGUGGCAGCAGCCGGUGGGUACGUGGACAUUGCGUCUAUACUGGUCGGAAAGGCCCCAGACAUGUGCUGGUCACGUGACGGAAACGGCAUGAACCCUAUUCAUGUGGCGGCCGUGAACGGGCGCGAGGAAGUCCUGAAAGUGCUUGUGAAGAAGGAUGAGUUUGCUGCGAUGGAGCGGUUGGACCGCGGAGAGACCGUGUUGCACCUGUGCGUGAAACAUCGUCAGGUCGCAGCUUUGAGGGUUUUGGUGAGUAUGUUGGGUGGGUUUGUGUGUGCAGAGGAUGAUGCUGGGGAGACUGUGUUGCAUUUGGCUGUUAGAUACAAACAACUUGAGAUGAUUCGAUACUUGACGAAAUCCACCAAGAUCGACAAGAAAUCAAAGAACUCCAAAGGCGAAACGCCCUUACAAAUCCUGAAGCAACACAUCUCCUAUUCCGGAUCCGACCGUGAAACCGUCGAAAUCAAACAGUUGCUCCGGUCUCCAUCCCACUCCUCCCAAAUCCCACCGGCGGACUGGCUGAGCAAGAAGCGCGACUCCAUCAUGGUGGUGGCGGUCCUGAUCGCCACCAUGGCAUUCCAGGCAGCCGUCAGCCCCACCGGCGGCGUGUGGCAGGACGACACGACCGACCACAAGGCCGGGGAGGCCGUGAUGGCCUACAAAGACCCGCGCAUUUACCGCAACUUCAUGCGCUCCAACACGGUGGCGUUUGUGACGUCACUCAGCGUCAUACUGCUUCUGAUUAUGGGCUUGCCAUUCAAGUACAGAUUCUUCAUGUGGGCCCUCGUGCUGAUCAUGUGGGUCUCCGUCACCGCCGUCGGAGUCACCUAUGGAGCUUCGAUUAUGGUGGCGACUCCUGUGAUUCAUAAGGAUUCGCUCAGCAGCGUGAUCCAGAUAGCCAUCAUUGCGUGGGUCGGGCUGAUGUCGCUCCUGCUCGUCGUCAACACUAUCCGGCAUCUUUACCGGAAAUUGAGGGACUCCGGACGUGAACUUCCGUCGUGGGUAAAGCCCACUUUUUGCUAAUGCGAUCAUUCUUGAUAUGAUGGAAUGGAGAAGGGAAGGACAAUUCAUUCUACCAAGGAAAUAUUCAUUUCCUUCUAUUGUUAUUGUUCCUUAUUCCUUCUUAUUUUAUGUAUUCUGAUAAAAUUACAUAAAAUUGGGCA